AUGGACGAAGACCUUCUCAAAGCCACCGACGCCCUAUGCUUGUCCCCUCAUAGAGACCGACUCCGAGGCAGUGCAUUCUCCCGUCACAUCUGUCGUGGCCGUGAUAAGCACGUUAAGAAUUCCGACUCGAACCACUUCCCAGAACCGUCAUCGGACGCAGACGUCGACGACAUCUCUCCAUCGAUUGCGCACAACGGGGCUCCCUUGCCGACCUACUUCAGUAUGCCGAGAGGAGUCAAGAGACCCCGGCGUGGAUCAGAAGAUGCCACAAGCCACAUCGAUGCCUCGUCGUCUCCAUCUAAGGUAGCAAGACACAAUGUCGGCUCGAAUGCGUGUGAGCCUAUCCUCAUCUCAGACUCUGAUGACGACCGCCCUCUCAUUGAUGGCCAGCGCGCUGUUGAAGAAGCACUCGAAGACUCGCCGACUGCAUCUCAUCGACAAAAAUUGGCAAGCCUCUACACCUAUCAUAGUCCCACGAAGGCUCGGGCGGUCGUCAAGCCACGUCCUGGUCCCACAGUCAAGUCUGAGAUACGCAAAUCUGAGCUCAGCACUGAAGAGCCGUCCACUGUGCUCUCAUCAUCUCGAGCGUGCUUCUCGACACCCUCGAAGACGGAGUCAUCCACAUCGACCCUGCUCGCCAAGAGCCCGUUGCCCUUGCCAAUUGCGAAAGACCCCAAGAAAGCAAAACGUCGCAAGAGAGAGACCCUCCAGCUAAAGAAGACGCUACAGGAUGCCAAGGAGCGUGACAUCGUCCCUCUGGAACUUGAUCGAGUUUCUGCUGCCGGGUUCCGCCUCAUCCUGCGAUGUUCCUUCUGUGCAGGUGCUUUUGCCAAGUCUACCAGCGCCAAGGCCAAGCAGGAGCACAUGUCUCUCUGUGCCCCACUCCAGGGUAUCGUGCGCAGCCAAGCCGCCGUCGAUACCAUCUCAUCCGACAUUUCGAACCUCCUGCGACGCGACGAGCAAGACAAGAAGAAAGCUGCAGACGAGCGCACCGUUCUCCAGGAUGUCAUGCACGAUGCCGACAUCAUCAUGCACGAAGGGCGUGCAAGUCAGAUCGCAACUUCCACAAAGAAGCGAGGCAGGGACAAGGUAGUCACGAAGAAGCGCAUCACGCGUGUUGCAAAACCCACUGUCCUGGUUGUCGGGGACCAUUCGAGCAAAAUUAGCCCGGUCGCUCAUUCCGCCGGACACAACCUCCUUCCCGCUCGCAAGGCGAUGCUUGCAGCUCGCGAUUUCACCACCAAAAUGCUGGGCAGCGCCAUCUCGUUCUUGAUAGAUCCGAGCGAGAGCGGAGAGUCUGAAGACCCCAAGCCAAAGUCAGAUCCUGACAGCCGGCCAGUGGAACUGAUGUCAGGUGUCGAUGUGCUGGCCACGCCCAGAAAAAACCGAAUUCGAAGAGAGCUCUUCGCACACAACGCGGAUGGAACAAGCAACCGAGCGGAUCAGCUUCCGGCUGUCAAUGCCGAGCAAGUGUUUGCUUCCAUGGCAUCUGUAAGCCCGGAGAAAAGUCCUGUAAAAGCCCUUCAAAAGUCUCGUCAGCGUCAGCUGUCAAAAGACCAAGAUUUGUCUCUCCAAUUCGACGGUACCAGAACAAGUCCAGCUAGCCCGAGUCCGCCACAAACACAGCCUUUUGCACCAUCCAAGCUUGCUCAACGCCAACAGGCUCGAUGCGGCAAGGCGAGAGACCAGCUUUUCGGCGCUGAAACGACCACGCGAUCCUUGCUCGAUCUCAUGCAGGAAGCCAAAGCCGGAGACUCUGACUCCUCGAAGCGCAAAGCGGACGAGCUCGACCAGACAUUUUACAAUGACGCUGUGAAAAGAUCCAGAAAAGACGAGGAGAAUCGCGACCCUACCUUCGAAGCACGGUCAGCCAGUUCGAAGCGGACACGUGGAAUGAAAUUUGGCUCGAUUCUUAUAGGCGCCUCCGAAGGUCAAGAUAUGGACCUCGACGACCACAGCAUUACGUCGCCCUCGCCUCUCCCUGAAAAAGACAGCCCAGGUCGGGGUAAGCUUCAAGAUCAAAUGCUCGUCGAAGCAGCUCAAGUCCUAGCACACGAGUCGGCAUCCACUGACGACAUCGACCCGCAAGUCUCAUCCGAUCUUCAACAGAAGGUAUCCAUCGUUCGCAGCGACCAAGAAGAGCUCGCGACGAGGCAUUGCGACGAUGAAGCAGACUUAGCCGCUAAUGCCGACAGCCUCGAAGAAGACGUCAACAAUGACGAUGACGAUUCCCAAUCCUUUCUUGAUCUCUUGGAGCCUCUGGACAUCAUCAACGAGUCCGACUUUCCCCAGACGCAACACCUUUCCGACCCCUCGUCUGACGACAUGGACGACGCAGAUUCAGGAAGUAUGGCAAUCAAGAACAGGAGGAUGCUCGUCGCGAGCGGCGGCGCUUCCAUGACCAUCGAGCCUCGGCGUAAAGCUCCUCGAGCCGCCUCACUCGCCGGCUUCCCUGCCUCUUCUCCAUCCGACAUGCCGCCCAAUGGCGACACAAAAGCAUUACCCAGCAAUGAAGCGCGAGAAUCUUCGGUGUCCAAUUCAGAUCCAGAUCUCGUGCUCAUCACGGACGACAGCUGCACCAGCAGCCCUCAGCCUUGA